UGGAACAGGAUCACAAGCGUACACACACGGACGAGAAGCCAUACAAGUGCGACAUCUGCUCUGCAAAGUUCAGCAAGAGCGGGCACCUACAGAUUCACAAGCGGACACACAUGGGGGAGAAGCCAUACAAGUGCGAUGUCUGUCCUUCAGAGUUCAGCCAGAACUGGAAUCUGCAGGAUCAGAAGCGGACACGCACUUGCGAGACGCCAUACUGUAUGAUGUCAGUCUUGUAGAGUUUCUGGAGCUUGGACCUGUGGCUCACAAGCGGAGACACACUGGCGAGAAGCCAUACAAGUGCGGCAUCUGCUCUGCAAAGUUCAGCAAGAGCGGGCACCUACAGAUUCACAAGCGGACACACAUGGGGGAGAAGCCAUACAUGUGCGAUGUCUGUCCUUCAGAGUUCAGCCAGAGCUGGAAUCUGCAGGACCAGAAGCGGACAUGCACUUGCGAGAUGCCAUACAGUAUGAUGUCUAUCCUGUAGAGUUCAACUGGAGCGGGUGCCUACAGGAUCACAAGCGUACACACACGGGUGAGAAGCCAUACAAGUGCGACAUCUGCUCUGCAAAGUUCAGCAAGAGCGGGCACCUACAGAUUCACAAGCGGACACACAUGGGGGAGAAGCCAUACAAGUGUGAUGUCUAUCCGUCAGGGUUCAGCCAGAGCUGGAAUCUGCAGGAUCAGAAGCAGACACACACUUGCGAGAUGCCAUACAGUAUGAUGUCCAUCUUGUAGAGUUUCUGGAGCUUGGACCUGCGGCGUCACAAGCGGACACACACUGGCGAGAAGCCAUACAAGUGCGAUAUCUGUCCUGCUGAGUUUAGACAGAGCGGGCACCUAUAGAUUCACAAGCGGACACACAUGGGGGAGAAGCCAUACAAGUGCGAUGUCUGUCCUUCAGAGUUUAGCCAGAGCUGGAAUCUGCAGGACCAGAAGCAGACACACACUUGCGAGACGCCAUACAGCACGAUGUCUGUCUUGAUGACGCAUGCUUCGUGUGAAUGAACAUGAUAAUCAUGUAAAACUUUGCCUAGUGAUACAGUACCGCAGACAACCCGCUCGAUCUCUGUGCAUGAAGCGCUCAUGAAGGCGCUCGACCGCGAAUUUAGAGAUGCACGUGUCUAAUCUACAUGCAUGUCCUGUUAGCAUCGUUAGCAUCGUGUGUGACUUAGCAGAAAUUGAACAAAACCGAGGAGCAUGACAUAUCCCCUUUUUACUAUAUAACACCGCACACACAGGGCUUUAGUGCAAGAAAAAGCAGUUUUCACGAUUCGGACAAUCGUAUUGAUGCCAGGACGGGAGAAGUUACCUUUGUGCAGUGGAGCAGCUUACAUCGUGAUUAUCGUGCUGCCAAACUUGUGCAAUCGUGAAAAUAAUGUGCUGUAUGGCCAGCAAAAUAUGACUUAUCAGCAUAGUGCACACGUUUUUCUGAUUACAACGCUCUGUAGCAGUGCUGACACGGUCACUUGAGGUAGGAAUAACAUGUUUUUCGAAUGGAAGUCGAAGUUGAUUUCUGCAUCGUCGCAAAAUUUAAGUUACACCAUUUGUAUACAUGUGUAGAAUAGGGGACGGAUCUAGCUGUCCAUCCCAGUGACACACGUGCAUUUCCUGUUUCUUAUCCUCCUAUAGCGAGUCAAUAAAUUGCAAUACGGUCCUAAAUUUUCUGUAACGUGUACAUACUGGUAGAUAAAAUACUGAAAAGUAUGUAUGGUAGGUAAAAUACUAAAAAGGGGAUAAUCUGACUUAUCCCCUUAUUGCGUACAGAGGAGGUUCAAUUGAGGGCCCUGGCCUGUACUUUGCCAGGCCUAGGUCGUGUUCAAGCCUGUGUUAUGCCAGUGUUAGUUAGCCUCGGUACAAUUUCACAGUUUGGUAUUCUGCAGCAGGCUGUGCCGGGAAGUCCAUAAAUUUCCCGUGCUUGGGCCAGGCUCGAGCUGAGAAACUCUGGCUUGGACCGGGCCCGGGCAGGUUAAUCAAAGAAAGGUUGGGCUUGGGCUUUGAGUUAGUCAGGUUUGCAGGCAUGCAGCUGCUCAUCUUUCGGUAUUCCCAAUGGUGAGACCUUCGGCAUAACGGGAGUCCUUACGUAUCCCUUGUUGCAGCUGUGAGCAAGAUAAUACUAGUUCAAUCAGUGUUUCCUGGCUUUGCUCUUUAUAGAACACAGCAACCAUUCCUUUAAGUGAAAUUAAGAUAAUUAUGCGAACGUAGGGCCGGAGACAGCUAUGUACAACUUGGCACAGAACCCGGAGCGAUGCAAUCCUUCAGGUGAAAACUACAGCGGCGCCACCGCCGCAGGAUCGAUGGCUAUGAUGUGCAACACUAAAGAAGAACCUCGAGAAGACUCUUCGAAUGAACGUCCAAUCGUAGAAGUGAAGACAGAGCCUUACAAUGUAGCAGUAUUGGCGGAACAGGACCAGAUGGGACACAGUUGUCAUUCAACAUCAGAAGGAUUGAUGGCUGAGAUGUGUGACAUUAAAGAAAAACCUCGAGAAGACCCUUCAAAUGAACGUCCAAUCAUAGAAGUGAACACAGAGCCUUACAACGUUACAAUCUUAACGGAACAGGACCAGAUGGGACACAGCUAUGAGUCAACAUCGGUUGGGACAAGAGAAGGCACUGCUACGAUCUAUAUUAAAGACCAGUCCACAGGAACUUGUGAUCAAGCAUCUUCAAGUUACACCAUUUUAAAGUCGCACUUCAAUAUCACCACAAGAACAGUUGAACCGCAAUCCAACAACACUGAACUAGGCACUAUGGACCUAGUUCGCCUGCAGUUACCUGGGCACCGACUGUUGCACGUGCGGACACAUAAGAGAGAGAAGCCAUACAAGUGCGAUGUCUGCCCUGCAGAGUUCAGGCGGAACGGGCAUCUACAGGAUCACAAAAGGACACACGCGGGUGAGAAACCGUACAAGUGUGAUCUCUGUCCUGCACAGUUCACUCGGAGCAUCGACCUGAAGCGUCACAGGAGGACACACACCCACGAGAAGCCAUGUAAGUGUGAUCUCUGUCCUGCACAGUUCACUCGGAGCAUCGACCUGAAGCGUCACAGGAGGACACACACCCACGAGAAGCCAUGUAAGUGUGAUCUCUGUCCUGCACAGUUCAGUCAGAAAACGGGCCUGAAGCGUCACAAGAGGACACACACAGGCGAGAAGACAUACAAGUGCGAUGUCUGCCCUGCGGUGUUCAGCCGGAACGGGUAUCUACAGGAUCACAAGAAGACACACGUGGGUGAGAAACCGUACGAGUGUGAUCUCUGUCCUGCGGAGUUCCUUCACAGCAUAGACCUGCAGCGUCACAAGAGGACGCACACCGGCCAGAAGCCAUACAAGUGCGAUGUCUGCCCUGCGGGUUUCAGCCACAGCGGGCAUCUAAGAGUUCACAAGCGGACACACACAGGUGAGAAGCCAUACAAGUGUGAUCUCUGUCCUGCAGAGUUCACUCAGAAAACGGACCUGCAGCGUCACAAGAGGACGCACACCGGUGAGAAGCCAUACAAGUGUGAUGUCUGCCCUGCGGAGUUCAGCCGGAACGGGCGUCUACGGAAUCACAAACUGACACACACGGGUGAGAAACCAUACAAGUGUGACCUCUGUCCAGCACAGUUCAGUCAGAAAGUGGACCUGCAGCGUCACAAGAGGACGCAUGCCGACGAGAAGCCAUACAAGUGCGGGGUUCAGGCACAGCGGGCAUCUAAGAGUUCACAAGUGGACACACAAGGGUGAGAAGCCAUACAAGUGCGAUGUCUGCCUUGCGGGGUUCCGACACAGCGGGCAUCUACGAGUGCACAAGUGGACACACACGGGUGAGAAGCCAUACAAGUGUGAUCUCUGUCCUGCAGGGUUCAGCCGGAACGCACAUCUGCGGGAUCAGAAAAUGACACACACGGGUGAGAAACUGUACGAGUGUGAUCUCUGUCCUGCAGGGUUCAUUCGGAGUGUAUACCUCAAGCGUCACAGGAGGACGCACACCGAAGAGAAGCCAUACAAGUGUGACGUCUGCCCUGCAGAGUUCAUUCCGAAAACUGACAUGCAGCCUCACAAGAGGUAGCACACCGGCGAGAAGCCAUGCAAGUGUGAUAUCUGGCCUGCGGUGUUCAUCUAGAGAGGGCGUCUUCGAGGUAACGAGCAGACACACAUGGGCGAGAAGCCAUAAAAACACGACUUCUAUUCUGCAGAAUUGAGCCACAUCCCAUUGGGUGGUGAUGGAUGUGAAACGUCAGGAAACCCAGUGCCUGUGGAAUGACAUUUAUGGGGCGAUCACUGUGAGACAAUCGUGUGUGGUACUAGAGAUUAAAAGUGAUUGUGAUGUUUGUUACAUCAGAUAGCAUUAGCUUUAUUAAUGAAUAAAUGUUCACAUGACCGACACAUUUUAGGUACAUUGGAGGGACGCUGAUUACGUCUGUUAGAACCAGUCCCGGCUUCGGAGGAGGAGGGUUUCUUUUAGAAAGGGCGCUGGUGAUGCAACGUCCCUAUUACUUGAUGUUAAGUGGAUUCUCCUCGAAUCUGUGCAAUGAUUGUCCUUGCGUGUGUCAUGUGGUAAAGCUGUA